UGGCCACGGUGCAGCUGCUGCGUUCAAGUGGCGCAGUGUUCCGGCCAAGUUUCACUCUGCAUUGCAGCUUAAGCGCUGCUGCCGGAAUCCAACACAACAAUGGCGACUCCCAGUCCUGAGAGCAACUCCACCAGCUCCAGCAACAACAGCAACAUAGUAGGAUCCACGUCGCACCAUUUUCACCAGCAGACACACAGCAGCAGCAUGCAAGAAACCAACACCUGCUGGAGAUGUCAAAAUGAAACAGGGUUACAGAUAAGCCUCUCUGGAGUGUCCCAAAGUAAACGUAAAGCUCUGAAGCUGAAUUUCGCCAACCCUCCAGUGAAACCAGCCUCCAGGCUCCCGCUCCAACCAACGGCUCCCUCCUUCCAGAACCCUCACAUAGAGCGUCUGCGGACACACAGCAUCGAGUCGUCAGGGAAGCUGAAGAUCUCGCCGGAGCAGCACUGUGACUUCACGGCAGAGGACCUGAGAGACCUCGGGGAGAUUGGUCGCGGGGCGUAUGGCUCCGUCAACAAGAUGGUCCACAAACCCACGGGCCAGAUCAUGGCUGUCAAGAGGAUUCGCUCCACUGUGGAUGAGAAGGAACAGAAGCAGCUGCUGAUGGAUCUUGACGUGGUGAUGAGGAGUAGUGACUGUCCCUACAUUGUUCAGUUCUACGGCGCUCUUUUCAGAGAGGGGGACUGUUGGAUUUGUAUGGAACUUAUGGCUACCUCAUUAGACAAAUUCUACAAAUAUGUAUAUUGUGCAUUAGAUGACGUCAUUCCAGAGGAAAUAUUAGGCAAAAUAACAUUAGCGACCGUUAAAGCACUGAACCAUUUAAAAGAAAACUUGAAAAUAAUUCACAGAGACAUCAAACCUUCCAACAUUCUAAUGGACCGAAUGGGUAAUAUCAAGCUGUGUGAUUUUGGCAUCAGCGGUCAGCUGGUGGACUCCAUAGCCAAGACCAGAGAUGCAGGCUGCAGGCCCUACAUGGCGCCUGAAAGGAUAGACCCCAGUGCUUCCAGACAAGGCUACGAUGUCCGGUCUGACGUGUGGAGCUUGGGAAUCACCCUGUACGAGCUGGCCACAGGACGGUUCCCCUACCCCAAGUGGAACAGUGUUUUUGAUCAGCUGACACAGGUGGUGAAAGGUGAACCUCCCCACCUCAGCAACUCGGAGGAGAGGCAGUUCUCCCCAAAGUUCAUCAACUUUGUUAACCUAUGCCUUACGAAGGACGAAUCAAAGCGGCCAAAGUACAAAGAGCUUCUGAGAGAUACCUUCAUUCUGAUGUAUGAAGAGCGUUUUGUGGACGUUGCCAGCUACGUAUGUCGCAUCCUGGAUCAGUUCCCCUCCUCUCCCAUCUCUCCUAUGUACGUGGACUGAUGGAGUCAGGCUGGGGCCGGGGAGGGGCCUGGGGGGACACCAACAUGCAGUGGAUGUGGGG